AAUCCAGCGCAAACAUCAAAAAAAUUUAGCCGAACAUACACAACAACUUUUUCUCUCUUAAAAUUUUAACUUGCAAGUUUUUUUUUUUUAAUUUUAAACAAAAAUAAAAAUGGGAAAGAAUAAAAUAUUUAAUGAACCAGAAGAAAGUUCUGAUGAAGAGGAUCCAAUUAUUGACGACGAUACUUGCGAUAGAUUUGAAAUUGAAGAUUCUUUUGCAGUGAAAUACAAAAUUGCCGAUGAAUCUGCUGUGUCUCUCAAGAAAGUCUAUAUUCUUCAUUUAUGUUCAGAUAAAUCCUUUGGAAGAAUAGCCGCUGGCUUAUCCAACAACAGCGUACAAAUGUUCGAUAUAAACAAUCAAAAACUUUCACAUCCUUCUUUCGACACUCUUCCACCAAAAAGUCCCGUCGGAGCUGUUUGUGGAGUGAGAUUCCUCGACGACAGUCCAAAUACUUUACUCAUAGGAAGCACAAAUGGCGAUGUCACUUUGUAUGAUUUGCGAACGGGCAUAUCUGAACAUUCAUAUGAAGGACCUGCGGAGUCAACAAAAAAUACCAUUUGUUGUUUUGAUGUGAACUCAAAUGGCCGUGUCAUCUGCAGUGGAACUGAUAAGAUUCGAAGUGAAGUUUAUCUUCAAUUCUUCGAUGUCCGGCAAAAGGCUUUGAUGGGUGGCUACUUUGAAAGCCAUGAAGAUGACAUAACUGCUAUUAAAUUCCAUCCAACAAAUCCAGAUUUGCUUUGUACUGGAUCCAUUGAUGGUUUAAUAAAUUUCUUUGAUAUCUCUCAGACUUCUGAAGAUGAUGCUUUACUGACAACAGUUAAUACAGAAAGUAGUGUUCACAAAUUAAAUUGGCAUAAAAACGUUUAUGAGAAAGAUUACAUAUCCUGUAUUACUCACACGAAUGAUUUGAAAACAUACGAAUGUGAAGAAGGUGAUCUUAUUGCAGAAUUUGAAAGGUGUCAAGUUACUGACAAAAUCAAAAGGAAAUCAGUUUCGGAUUGUAGUUUGAUUUCGUGUCAUGACUUGGCCGAUGGAGGUGUAUUUUUGUUAGCCACUUCGAAUUAUAACAAAGGAGAGGUUGUGAGGUCUGUUAAAUUGCAAGGCAAAAAACUACUUCCACAUGCACUAUUCGAUGAAAAUAAGCAAAUUAUCAGGGAAAGCAUGUAUGAUCCACAGGUAAGUUAAGUUUUUUAUGUUUCU